UUCCUUGGAGUAACUUGCCUCCUCUGUUCCCCAAACUAGCCUUCCCCUCUCGCCUGCGGCGUCGUGCGGAGGCCGUGUGGCGAGAGGAGAUGACGGUGGCGGCGGGUUUGGGGUACGCGCUGAUCGCGCUGGGCCCCGCCCUCUCCCUCUUCGCCGGCGUCGUCGCCAGGAAGCCUUUCCUCGUCCUCACCCUCCUCUCCAGCACCUUGUUUUGGCUUAUAAGUUUGAUAAUCCUCUCGGGAAUAUGGAGGGGUUUUCUUCCUAUAAAAUCAGGAGCUUCGUGGCCAUAUGCAAUUCUGAUCCUUACAUCUGUUGCAUUGCAAGAAGGCACCCGUCUUGUGUUUUGGAGGCUUUACAAGAAAAUGGAAGAGAUGCUAGAUGCCUUUGCGGAUAGAAUUUCUAAGCCACAUCUCAGUUUGACAGACAAGAUGCUAAUUUCUUUAGCUGGUGGUUUAGGUCAUGGAGUGGCUCAUGCAGUCUUUUUCUGUCUCAGCCUUUUAACACCAGCAUUUGGUCAAGCCACAUUUUAUGUUGAAAGGUGCUCAAAGAUGCCAUUCUUCCUUGCAUCAGCCCUUAUUGCACUUGGAUUUUUGGUCAUCCAUACCUUCUCAAUGAUUAUUGCUUUUAACGCAUAUGAUGAGAGAAAGAAAAGUGACCAAAUCUUUGUCCCGGUUCUUCAUUUGACUGCUGCUGUAAUGACACUAGUUAACCUCGCCCCAGGAGGCUGUCUCAUUGGUACACCUCUGCUGUUGGUCAUGGCUGCGCUGACCCUGCAGUACUGCUGGCGAGUGGUUUGCCGGAGAUUAACCGAGCACCAUCAACGACAGCUCAACAGCUAGUUCCCGCUAGUGCUCACAUGUAAUUUCUUCAUGUGUGCUUUUCUGAAUCUUCUCAUGUUGUGUUGUGAGAUUUUAUGAGUUCAGUUAAUGAUAUCUGCAUCUGUGUUUACUUAAGAUAGCGCCCUGGUGUGUUCUAUGCCGGGGUUUUAUACUUCCGGUGUAAUGCAGUAGUAGCGAACUUGUUUGCUGACUGUCACUGGUAGUUUGACUGACAAUUGGUUUUUUAUGUAAAGGUCCAAAUGAGAAGAAAUAUGAGCUGUUGUACACUGUCAGGGUUGCAACCA